GCGGAAAUGACGUCACUUUCUGUUUCGUCCGCGACGCUACACAAUGUAGUGAAACCUAUGGAAGUGAGGGGAAUGAAGUGUAAACUGUGACGAGAGUCUCCCGAAAGAGCUGCGCCGUGCGUUGGAGGUGAAUCGUCGACAGCUGCAUUGAACAUUGAAAGCACCCGAGUGGGUUGAGAUGGAUUUCCCAGUGGAGGCAACGGUGCUCUUGGGCGUUUUCCCCAACCAGGCAGCGGUGCGGGGCGUCCUCCGGUCGCAUGGCCUUGCGUUGACGGAUGUGGACGGCGACCAGGUGCGCGUGAAGGGAUUCUUUCGGGACCUGAAGGCUGCGAAGGCCUCUCUGGAGCCGCUUCUCGGCUCACAAACCUCCUCGGCGGGCCCGAAGAAUUCCUCCGGAGCUGUUUCCAAACGCCCCGGCGGCAACAGCGCCGUGACAGACGUCGGCAGAGGCCGAGACAAGCCUCCGUCCUCGCCCAACCACGCCUCCCCCCCGCCUUGGGCGCCUCCCCCCAACAGACAUCCGUCCUCUCAGGAGAGCAGGGCCUCGUUUUCUCCACCACCAGGCCAGUGCGGCUCCUUCGGGCCUGGAAGGGAGUCCUUUGUCGUUGAAACAGAUGUGUUGAGGUACGCGGAGCAGCUCCGGAUGAAGGACAUUAACAGCAUCAUGACCAGCCAUGAUGUGAAAAUGGAGCGGAGGGAAGUCGGCGAAAGCUGCGUCAUCAUUUUACUGGGGAAGAGCGCCAGAGUGGCUGCCGGUAAACUACAGAGCCUCAUGGAUGAUCUCAGCAAGUCACUGCGGACACAGGAGGUUCCUCUGAAGGACAUGGACCGGGACGGCCAUGCUCUCUGGAAGAGGAUUCGGUACGAGAGAAGCAUUUACCAGUCUGUGCUCGUGAGGCCGAUGGCCGACAAGCUUCACCUGAUAGGGCCGUCCGCUGCGAGCUACGAGCUGAAGCAGAGGCUGCUGGGCGGGUCGGUCGGACGUACGGGGAGGACGUCGGAGAAGAACUCCAAGAGGAGGAGCAGCUCUCUGCCGCCGAUCAGGCGCAAGGAGAGAGAUGGCGGCGCCACCGCCAGGCCGUCUCCUGUCGGGGCUGCUGGUUUUGGUCAAGGUGGAGCUGUGAGGGGGAGAAGCCCGUCCCAUUCCCAGAAAAACACCCGGGCAGAAAGCGUUUAUGUGCAAGAGACGGAAGACAAACGUCCGUCGAAAACCAUCCUGAAUUUUAUAAAGGAGAAACAAAUGCAUAUACAGAAAAAGAUACAGAAAAAGAAAGAUUGAGCAGUGCAGUUCUGUUCUUGAAGGUAGAGACAGCACUGAACAUUGUUUUGGUCUCAGUUAACAUUUUAAGUAAUGUUCUUUGGGUAUGCAGUCACGUGGUUUUGGACAGCAGAGCCCAGUACGAGACUCUUGAGGACAAUAUAUUUGAGCAGUGAAGGAAAGGUUUGACUUUUUGCGGGGAAUUGUGGUUUAUUGCUCCUUUGCCAAAGAGGUAGAAGAGUGAAAAUUGAGUAGGUCAGUGGUUAGCAGGUCUGUCUUUCAAUCAGGGGGUUGGUGGUUCAAUCCCCGCCCUAGUCGAUGUGUCCUUGAGCAAGACACUUAACCCCGAAGUCGCUUUGGAUAAAAGCGUCAGCUAAAUGUAAUGUAAGCUCUUGUCUGCAGCUGGUUAGCUUAGCUUAGCACAAAGACUGGAUCAGGGGGGGGUGGGGCUUACACCAAAAUAAGCAAAUUAUGUUGUUUAGCAUUGUAAAAUGUAAACUGUUCAGUCAGAUUGAUGUUGUUAUGUGGUGUAAUAUACUAAUAUAGGCUCUGACCAAUUGGUUUCUUCUGAUGUCACACUUUUUAUUCUAAUCAAGCAACAACAACUUUGUGAUCACAGACGGUUAUUUUAAGCCUGUUGUUGUGUUGUGUUAUUGCCAGUUGGUGGGCUCUAAAUGUUGCUGAUCAACUGAAUGGCUAAAUGUAAAUUGGAAAAGCUGAUGGGUAAAUAUGGCAAUGAAUUAAACAAAUGAGCAUUAAAAGAAACACUAACGUGAACAAUGAA